AUGGCUCCCGGUAUCAUUUCUUCGACAAAUGGCGACGAGUCCGAUGACAGCCUUGUCGUCCUGGACAACUCUCCGAUGAGCGUCGGCAAUGGCAACCACCACAACAAUGGUAUUACCAAUGCCACCUCGAAUGGGCCGGAUGGUAACGGUGCCCCCAAUAGCAACAAUGACCAGAUUGACGGACCCAUUUCCACCAAUGGGCACAUGAACGGCAGAGACGGCCCGGACACGUCCCCCACGUCCCCGGAUGCCGCCAUAGCCAUUUGUGGCAUGGCGUGCCGUCUUCCCGGCGGGCUGCACACCCCGCAGCAGUUGUGGGAGUUCCUCCUUGCCAAGGGAGACGCCAAGUCGGUCGUCCCCGAGUCUCGCUACAAUGUGGACGCCUUCUACGACCCCUCGGGACGGCCCGGCACCGUCAAGACCCGGCACGGGUACUUCCUCGACGCCGAUCUGACAAAGGUGGACGGGGCCUUUUCCAGCUUCGUGCGUGGGUCGCUCGAGCGCAUGGAUCCCCACCAUAUCCAGAUGAUGGAGGUCGCUCGCGAGUGCCUCGAGGAUGCCGGCGUGACCGGGUGGCGCGGCGGCCUCAUCGGCUGCUACGUCGGCAGCUUUGGCGAAGACUGGAUCGAGAUGAACGCCAAGGAGAACCAGCCGUACGGCGUGUACCGCACCACCGGCUCUGGCGACUUUAUGCUGUCCAACCACGUUUCGUACGAGCUGGAUCUCAAGGGACCUAGUAUGACAAUUCGAACUGCCUGCUCGGCGGCCAUGGUCGCCCUCCACGAAGCGUGCCGAGCUAUCCGCCGCGGCGACUGCGAGUCGGCCAUCGUUGGCGGUGCCAACCUGAUUCUGGCCCCGGGCAUGACGCAGGCCAUGAGCGAGCAGGGCGUCCUCUCGCCCGAGGGCUCAUGCAAGACCUUCUCCGCUGAUGCCGACGGCUACGGGCGUGGCGAGGCCGUCUCCGCUCUGUUCAUCAAGCCCCUCGACGCCGCGCUCAGGGACGGGAACCCGGUGCGCGCCAUCAUCAAGCAGACGGCGACCAACGCCGACGGCAAAACGCAAGGGGUGUCCAUGCCCAGCACCGAGAGCCACGAGGCCUUGAUCCGGAAAGCAUAUGAGCUGGCCAACAUUGAAGACUUCUCCAAGACCACCUUCGUCGAGUGUCACGGCACCGGCACGCCCACGGGCGACCCCAUAGAAACAAACGCCGUGGCCCGUGUCUUCGGCUCCCGGGAGCGCCAGCUGUUCAUCGGUUCCGUCAAGCCGAACCUGGGACACUCCGAGGGCGCGUCGGGCCUGACGUCUCUCAUCAAGGUCGUGAUGGCGCUCGAGAACCGAGUGAUCCCACCCAACAUCAAGUUCUCUCGCCCCAACCCGAACAUCCCGUUCAAGGAGAGCAACCUCGUUGUUCCGGUCGACGCCACGCCCUGGCCCAAGGAGGCAUACGAGCGAGCAAGCAUCAACAGCUUCGGCAUCGGCGGGACCAACGCGCACGCCAUCCUCGACUCGGCGCGCUCGUACGGUGUCGAGAAAGACCCGCGCCCUUCCUCGUCGUUGUCGUCGUUGUCGUCGUCGUCGUCGUCGUCGUCAAGCAUGAUACAGCAGCAGCAACAGCAGGAGACGCUCAACGCCGACGACGAGCCCCAGUUACUCCUUUACUCGGCAAACUCGUCCAGUUCCCUCAAGAAGACGGUCGAGAACUUCCAGCCGUUUGUGGAGAACAACCCGGACAAGCUCGCCCAGCUGGCGUACACGCUGGCCAACGGCCGAGAGCACCUCGCCCACCGCGCGUUCGCCAUGGUCACUAGGGGCGGCGACCCGGUUGUGUCCCCGUUCGUCCGGGCACCGCAGCCGCAGCAGUCGCCGGACGUCGUCAUGGUGUUCACGGGCCAGGGCGCGCAGUGGCCGGCCAUGGGCGCCGAGCUGCUCAGGCAAAACAACUCGGUGUUUCAGUCGACCAUUCGCUCCCUCGACGCGGCCCUGGAUAAGGCAUUGCUCACGAAGCCCGAGUGGAGCCUGGAGCGGGAGCUUCUCAAGGUCGGCAAGCAGAGCCGCAUGGAACUGGCCGAGGUGUCCCAGCCUCUCUGCGCAGCCGUCCAGAUUGCCCUCGUCAACACGCUCGCGUCCGUGGGCGUCCGGCCGAUCGCCGUCGUCGGGCACUCGAGCGGCGAGAUCGGCGGAGCGUACGCCGCCGGCGCCCUCACGGCCCGGGAAGCCAUCGUCGUGGCCUGGCUCCGUGGUGUCGCAGCCAAGAGGCAGCAGAGGACGGGAAGCAUGGCCGCCGUCGGCCUCGGCUGGGACGAGGUGAAGCCGUACCUGGCCGGCACCAAGGCGGUUGUCGCCUGCGAGAACUCGCCCCAUAGCGUCACCAUCUCGGGCGACUCGCCCGCGGUCGAGGCCGUCUUGGCCAAGAUCAAGCAGUCGCCGCCCCCUGGUGGUAAGGACGUCCUCGCAAGACUCCUCAAGAUCGACAAGGCCUACCACUCCUACCACAUGGCAGAGGUGGGCGACUGGUACCGUGCCGCCCUCGAAGAGCACCAUGUCGUCGGCGACGGCGCCGCUCGCAACAAUUGUCUCUUCUACAGCAGCGUCUCGGGCAAGCUCCUUCGGCCGGGCGACUCGCUCGGCCCCGGAUACUGGAAGAGAAACCUCGAAAGCCCCGUCCUCUUCUCCACGGCCGUUUCUCAGAUGCUACAAAACCCUGAGCUGUCGAAGCCGAACCGCGCCGUCUUCCUCGAGGUCGGCCCGCACUCGGCCAUGGCCGGCCCGCUGCGGCAGAUCAUGGCAAAGGUCUUGCCGCCGCCAGUGGCGUCGCUGCCGUACGUGUCGGCCAUGGUCCGCGGCCGGAACUGCAUCGAAAGCUACCUUACGGCCGUCGGCAAGCUCCACCAGGUCAACGUGUCCAUCGACCUGCGGGCUUUGCUGCCGAGGGACGGGUCGAAGCCCUUCCUCGCCGACCUUCCCCGGUACGCCUGGGAUCACGAGGAGACGGCCUGGUGGGAGUCGAGAACAUCUAAGGAGUGGCGUUCGCGCAAGCACCCGUACCACGAGCUCCUCGGUGUUCGCACGACCGAGAGCACCGAUCUCGAGCCGGCAUGGCGGAACGUUUUCCACAUCGAGCAGUCGCCCUGGGUCCGCGACCAUGUCAUCGCCGAGGACGUCGUGUUUCCUUUCGCCGGCUACAUGGCGAUGGCCGCCGAGGCAGCACGGCAGGCCACCGGCGUCGAAGACGGCUACGCGCUCCGCCAUGUCAUCGUCAGCACGGCGCUCGUCGUCACCGACGGUAAGCCCCUGGAGCUCCUGACCACGCUGCGUCCUCGCCGCCUCACCGACUCCCUUGACAGUCAGUGGUGGGAGUUCAGCAUCGCUUCGCACAAUGGCGCCCUGUGGACGAAGCAUUGUACCGGCCAGGUCCGGUCUCUCAGCCGCGGCGUCGACGGUGGCGGCAUCCCGCCCUCCUGCGGCGACGACGCCCGUCACAGCAUGACGCGCACGCUGGGCACGCGCAAGGCGUACAACAUCAUGCAGGAAGUGGGCCUCAGGUACGGCCCCUUCUUCCAGGCCCUGCAGAACAUCAAGACCGGCACGCUGGACAGGUCAGCGGCGGCCGCGGUGCGCGUCCCGGAGCUGGAGGGCGGCGCGGCCCAGCAGCCGUACCAUCUGCAUCCCAUCAUGCUCGAUGCCUGCCUGCAGAUUUUAAGCGUCGCGGCGACCAGGGGCUACACCAAGAGGCUCGACAUGGUCAUACCCACUCUCGUGGAAGAGCUUGAGGUCUAUCGCAGCACGUCCGCCGUCGAGCUGUUGUCCGAGGCGCAAGUGAACAGCCUCGGCGCCAUCACCGGUUCUGCCAGGUGUUUCGCAGAUGGCCAAGUGGUCCUCCGCAUGGCCGGGGCCCGUCUCGCUCCGCUGCCGGGGCAGAGCGCGGCCGGAGGCGCCAAGGACACUCACUCGACCGCCCGCUACACGUGGAGCCCCCACGUCGACUUCCUCGACGAGCGAAGCCUCAUUGACACGCCAGCGGCGGAGGACCGUGAGCUCUACCUGCCCGUCCUGGAUGAGAUGACGCAGCUCAGUCUCGUCUACGCCGACCGGCGUCUUGCCCCGCUGCGUACCGAGGUUCCGUUCAUGGCGAAGUACGGGAGCUGGAUCCGCGAGCAGGCGUCGAGGGCCGACGCCGCCCUCGUCGAGAUGGAGGACUGGGCCCUUUUCGAGGCCGUCAAGAGCAGACUUCACUCGCUCCACGACACCGCCGCGGCCGGGGCGGCGCUGGCCAUCUUCAAGAUCCUCAGCAGCAUCACCGGUAUCUUCCAAGGCCGCGACAGCGCGUCCAACGUGCUGCUGGCCGACGACAGCCUCGCCAAGGUCAGGAUCCUCCGGGACCGGGCCUUUGACACGUCCCGUCUGCUCUGCCAGCUCGCCUUCUCGCGGCCCGACCUGCGCGUCCUCGAGCUCGAGGCCGGCAUGGGCACCCAGACGGCCGAGGCCCUCGGCAGCCUCGCGCUCGAGACCGGCGGCCCCGUCAUGUACUCGGCCUACACCUUCACCGACCUGUCCUCGGGAGUGGUGACGGCGGCCAAGGAGCGCUUCAAGGCGGCCGCAAACAUGCAGUACAAAACGCUCGACAUCUCCCAGCCGCUUGAGGAGCAGGGAUUUGCCGGCGAUAAUGACGACGACGGAUACGACGUUAUCAUCGCCACCAAUGUGAUGCACACCACGCCGACGUUGUCCGACAGCCUGUCGAAUCUACGUCGGCUUCUGCGUCCUAACGGCCGCGUUAUCUUGCAGGAGUUCUCGGCGGGCUCCUCCAAGUGGCUCAACUUCAUCAUGGGCGCCAUGCCCCGGUGGUGGAGCGGCGUCACCGACGGCAGGGUCGACGCGCCUUACAUGGACCUCGCCUCCUGGGGCUCAGCCCUGAGCGCAGCCGGUCUCGCCGUCUCGGCCUCCAUGCCGGACGCGGAGCGCGAGACCCUGCGGCAGAACAGCAUGAUGAUUGUGAGGCAUGCCGACUUCGUGGCCAAGUCCCCGUCCGGUCGCGAGGUCACCCUGCUCUGCCGCACCGGCUCCGAGGAGCCCGACGUCGUGGAGAGGCUGAAGAGGGAGCUGGCCCAGGCCGGGUAUGUCGUGAACCAGCGGACAUUGGGCGACGAGAUACCCCAGGGCGAAGACGUCGUCGCGCUGCUCGAUGAGCAGGACGCCUUCUUCGACGGCAUCGAUGAGGAGCGAUAUGUGGCGUUCAAGAGUCUGGUUAGGGCCGCCUCCGCCGGCGGUUCCGGCAUCUUCUGGAUCACGAGGCUCUGCCAGGUGCCCCCCUUCGAGAGCCCAUCCCACGCGCAGGUGCUCGGUACGGCACGCACCAUCCGGUCCGAGGCGGCCGUAGCCUUUGCCACGUGUGAGGUGGACGACACGAGCGCCUCGGCCGGGAGCAUCGCUGCCGUCUUCAGGCAGUUUCAGACGGCGCGGGAGGCCAAGCCGGCAACGGCGACAGACGACGCUAUGACACUGGACCCGGACUACGAGUACGCCAUCGUCGACAACGUUGUACAUGCAGGGCGCUUCUGUCCCUUCUCCAUCGCCGACGAGCUGCGGUGCGCCGACGCCCGAGACCGGAUCGUCCUCGACAAAGGGAAACCGGGACUGGCCAUGGCCUUGAGCUGGAACCGCCGUGUUCCCGUGCCGCUCGUGCAGAACCUUGUCGAGGUCAAGGUUUCGGCCGCCGGCUUGAACUUCAGGGACGUGCUGAGUGCCAACGGCAUCGUCGACAUGCCGGAGGAGGGCUUCGGUCUCGAGGCCUCGGGCGUCGUCUCGGCAGUUGGCCCCGAAGUCCAGCACCUCCGGCCGGGCGACCGUGUCUUUUUGUUCAGCCGAGGCUCUUUCGCAACAUCCGUCACUGUCCCCGAGGAACUUUGCGAGAAGAUCCCCGAAUCUAUGUCACUGGAGGACGCCGCGACGAUGCCUUGUGUCUACGCCACAGCCAUCUACUCACUUUUCAACAUUGGCCGCUUGCAGAGAGGACAGUCCAUCCUGAUCCACAGCGCCUGCGGUGGCGUCGGCAUCGCCGCCAUCCAGCUCGCCCGCAUGGCCGGCGCGGUCAUCUACACGACGGUAGGCAGCGAGGAGAAGAUUAGGUACCUCAUGGACACGUUCGAAAUUCCCCGACACCACAUCUUCAACUCGCGGGACGCGUCCUUUGUCGAGGGCAUCAAAUCCGUCACCCUGGGAAAAGGCGUCGACCUUGCCCUGAACUCGCUGUCUGGCGAGCUCCUGCAUGCCACAUGGGGGUGCAUUGCCGAGUUUGGUACCAUGGUUGAGAUUGGCAAACGAGACCUCCUUGGCUCUGGGAAACUGGAAAUGGCCGUCUUCCUGGCCAACCGAUCUUACUGCUGCGUCGAUCUUGACCAGCUAUGCUUCAAGAGGCGUGCCGUCUGCAAGGAGCUCCUUCAACGAGUUGUCGAGUGCUACAACGACGGCUAUAUCCAGCCUGUCCGACCCGUCACUGUUUUCGACGCCGGAAAGGUCCGCGAAGCGUUCCGCUUUAUGCAGCAGGGCCUUCACAUGGGCAAGAUCGUGAUCAAGAUCCGCGACACUCCCGGCGCCGACCCUGAGGCGGACUUGAUGACUGCUACGCGCACGAGGGAGGUCUCCCUUGGCGGCGGCGGCGGCGAGGAGGAGGACGGCUCAUACCUGCUCGUCGGCGGCCUCGGCGGCUUGGGUCAGGCGGUCUCGCGCUGGCUCGUCGAGCGCGGGGCGCGCAACCUCGUCUACCUCUCGCGCAGCGCCGGGUCCGGCGACGAGGACCAAUGCUUCGCCGAGGAGCUGCGCAGCAUGGGCGCCCGGGUGACGCUGGUCCAGGGCGAUGUCUGCCAGGGCGCAGACGUCCGGCGUGCCGUGGAGGCGGCGGGCGGCUCGAAUCGGCUCCGUGGCGUCCUUCAGAUGUCCAUGGUCCUCCGCGAUCGCGCGUGGGACGGCAUGACGCUCGAGGACUGGCAGCAGGCCGUCGCGCCCAAGGUCCAAGGGACGUGGAACCUGCACCUCGCCACGCAGUCCUGCGCGGCCCUCGAUUUCUUUGUCCUCUUCUCCUCCAUCUCCGGCAUCGUCGGCCAACCGGGCCAGGCCAACUACGCCGCGGCUAAUACCUUCCUCGAUUCCUUUGCCCGGUGGCGCCGGAGCCAGGGCCUCCCGGCGUCCGCCGUCGACAUCGGCGCCGUCGAGGACAUUGGCGUCAUCUCCAACAACGAAACCCUCCGCCGCGCCAUGAAGACAACGGGCGCCUACAUGAUCAACGAGGUGGAGCUCCUGGAGGCCCUCGGCGCGUCCGUCCUGCUCAAAGACGGGGCCGUCACGGGAACCAGCUUUGUCCUCGGCUUGGCCUCGACCACGCCUCUCACCAGCGCCAGCAACCGCUCCCUGUGGAAGAAGGACAUGCGCAUGGCCGUGUACCGCAAUAUUACGGCCAACGAGGCCGGCUCCGGGGGCGUCUCGUCGUCGAGCGAGGCGCUCAAGACCUGGCUCGGCUUGGCACGAGGUGGCGACGAGGAGUUGCUCAAGGACCCGGAAGCCGUGGGCUUCCUGGCGCACGAGAUCGGCAAAAAGCUCUUCACCCUCGUACUACGACCCGAGGAGGAGAUUCAGACGUCAGUCGCUCUGGCGGAUCUCGGCAUGGACUCUCUCGUCGCCAUUGAGAUGCGCACUUGGUGGCGUGUCACCUUUGGCUCCAAUAUCAGCAUGCUUGAGCUCCUGGGCAUGGGCAAUUUAGAGGCCCUUGCCGCGCACGCUAUCGAGGGGAUGCUAAAGGCACUUCAGGGGAAGACCUAG